AUGCACAUCACUUUCACCUCAACCGUCCUGGCUGUGCUCUCCGUGACAGCCAUAGUGGUGGCAGCUCCAACGGAACUUGCAAGUCGCCAAUCUACGGUGCGAAUCAUGGCUCUUGGUGACUCCAUCACCGGUAGCCCAGGCUGUUGGCGGGCUUAUCUUUGGCAGAAGCUUCAACAAGCCGGCAUCAAGAACACCGACUUUGUAGGCACGUUGGCUGGCCAGGGCUGUGGCUUCCAAUACGAUGGCGAGAACGAGGGACAUGGUGGUUUUCUAGCGGUAAACAUUGCGAACCAGAACCAACUACCGGGUUGGCUUUCAUCUACUAAGCCCGACAUCGUCAUGAUGCAUCUCGGUACGAACGACGUUUGGAGCAACCGCUCGCCCCAAGAAAUCACCACCGCAUUCAGCAAGCUCGUAGACCAAAUGCGCGCUUCGAAACCUACCAUGAAAAUCCUCGCCGCGAAGAUCAUCCCAAUGAAUCCGUCCAACUGCGCCGAAUGUGGGCCACGCGUCGUAGCUCUGAACAACGUGAUCCAGACGUGGGCAGCAAGUAUGACGACUACGAACAGCCCUAUAACAGUUGUGGAUGCAUGGACUGGAUUCAACACUAACACAAUGACUGGCGAUGGUGUUCACCCAAAUGAUGCAGGCAACAAGAAGCUGGCCGACACUUGGUUUCAGCCGUUGGCGGACGCUAUUAGAGCCUGA